AUGAGACAGAGACUUGUAUUGUUCUCAUUCUCUGUAUCUUAAGAAAAUUCUAAAGAUCGACGAUACGAUGUCGGAGCUAAAAGUGUUAUCGGCGUUAGAUGCGGCUAAGAUACAAUGGUACCAUUUCAAGGCAAUCAUAGUGGCCGGGAUGGGACUUUUCACGGACGCUUACGAUCUCUUCUGUAUAGCUCCGAUCAUGAAAAUGAUAAGUCAAAUCUAUUACCACAAAGACUCAAUCGGAACAGCUCUUCUCUCAACUUCUUACGCUAUUGCUCUUCUCGGCACAGCAUUAGGUCAAAUCAUCUUCGGUUACUUAGGUGACCGAGUCGGACGUCGUAAAGUCUACGGUCUUUGUCUCUUAAUCAUGGUCUUUAGCUCCUUUGGUUGUGGCUUCUCUGUUUGCACGACUCGACGUUCUUGCGUUAUGGUCAGUCUUGGAUUCUUUAGAUUCGUUCUUGGACUCGGGAUCGGUGGAGACUAUCCUCUCUCCGCCACGAUUAUGUCCGAGUUCGCUAAUAAAAAAACGCGUGGAGCCUUCAUUGCCGCUGUGUUCUCGAUGCAAGGGUUAGGGAUCUUGAUGAGCUCUGCCGUCACCAUGGUUGUGUGUGUGGUGUUCAAGAACGCCGGAGGGGGGAGUUUGGAAAAUACUAACGCGGCGGGGGCAGAGACUGUGGCUCCGCCGGAAUCGGAUAUAGCGUGGAGGUUGAUUCUUAUGAUCGGAGCUAUUCCUGCCGCGUUAACGUUUUACUGGCGAAUGCUCAUGCCUGAAACCGCCAGAUACACAGCAUUGGUGGAGAACAAUGUAGUCCAAGCAGCAAAAGACAUGCAACAAGUCAUGUCGGUAUCCAUGACAACAGACCAAAUCGACGAAGUAGAAGAUACAUCAUCGGAGCUACCACAAUCGCCACGGUCUUCCUACAAACUCUUCUCACGCCGUUUCUUCAGCCUACACGGACGUGACCUCUUCGCAGCCUCAGCCAAUUGGUUCCUAGUUGACGUCGUCUUCUACACAAGCAAUCUCCUCCUCUCUCAGAUCUUCAAUUUCUCCGACAAAUCUCUCAGCUCCACAAGCGUCUACGAUUCCGCCUUCGAAGUAGCUAAGGUCGCAGCCGUUGUAGCCGCUUGCUCCACCAUCCCCGGUUACUGGUUCACCGUCUAUUUCAUCGAUAGAAUCGGUCGAGUCAAGAUCCAGAUGAUGGGGUUCUUCCUCAUGGCCGUUGUUUACUUAGUCGCUGGGAUCCCGUACAGUUGGUAUUGGUCUAAACACGAGAAGACUAACAAAGGCUUUAUGGUCCUCUACGGAUUGAUCUUCUUCUUUAGCAACUUUGGUCCUAACACAACAACGUUUAUUAUCCCUGCGGAGCUUUUUCCGGCGAGGUUUAGGUCCACGUGCCACGGGAUAUCUGGAGCUGCAGGGAAGUUUGGGGCAAUUGUUGGCACUGUAGGUUUCUUGUGGGCCACGAAACACCCCGAGAAUGACUUUUUCCCAGACGUGAAACGCGUCAGAAUCGCGUUUUUGAUCCUUGGGGGAGUUUGUAUCGCGGGAAUGGUCGUGACGUACUUCUUCACUCGUGAAACUAUGGGAAGAUCGUUAGAAGAGAACGAAGACGAGAUCGGUACGUCUUCUGCGAAUGUAUUAUUUCCAAGACAGUACUGAUUUUGAGAUCAUAAUACAAUUAAAACCGUCUUGUGAAUCUUUAAUUCCUUUUUAACUCUCUUGAUUUUCCUUGAUUUUUGAUGUUUUGAUACUCAAGCUUCCUUUUGUUU